AUGGCUGCUAAUAGCACUGAACUAUCUGAUUCUGGCAUGGCCGAUAUUAUCCAGGCCCUGGAGCUUUCCCACAACCCCACUUCUUCCAACGAACUACGAAGGAAGGCCCUCGAGUUUCUAGAAUCCAAGAAGCAGGAUGACUUCGCCACGCGAAAUGGGUUCAUGCUUGCUUCGCAAGCUGGCAGUUCGCCCCUGGUCAGGCAUUUCGGUCUAUCGCUACUUGAUCACGUCCUGCGCCACACGGGAUUUGCAUUGUCUACCACCCAGGUACAAGAGCUCAAGGAAAUGGUGAUGCAGCUUUCUCAGGGUAUCAGCCAAGAUGACCCAAGCUACUACCGCAACAAGAUCGCCCAGUUGUGGGCCGAGGUGGCCAAAAGGAGCUGGGGCAUCGAGUGGAAUGACAUGGAUCGAGAUCUAUACAAUAUGUGGAGCGCAACCGCCUUGCACAAGGAGUUUGUUCUGACCGUGUUGGAGACCCUAUCCGAAGACAUUUUCUAUCGAGAAGAUACCACCUCUUCGCUACGCGGAACCGACUUGAACAGGGCACUGGUAGAGACCUUCACUCCCCUUUCCGUCUUUUCAGAAGCUUUCCCAGAGCGGGAUCAGAGCCGAGUCGAACUUCGCCAUGGAGAAGAUGGGUGGCUUGCAAGAAUAUGCGGCCUUUUGGAUACUUGUAUCGGAAGUAUUCAAACUUCGCGCGAAGCAAAAGACUGCAGCCUGAAGGCUCUCGCUGUUCUGAGGACUGUCCUGGUCUGGGCGAUUCCCAAGGCGAUCAUCAAUUGUAACGCUGUCUCAAUCAUCUGUCGCGCUCUGACUGCACAGAACGACCAAGUCCUCUUGGCGGCUAUUGAAGCAAUGCACUCUCUGUAUAGCAGAUCCAAUUUUGAGAUGGAAGAAUUCGAACCUUUAGUAGCACUUCUCUACCAAGUGGAUCACUUGGUCUUAUUAAGGAAACUUUAUGAAUGGACCGCGGUUGACGCUACCGAUAUCGAUGAGACAAGAUAUCAGAUAUCCAAGAAACUUUCCGAGUUAAUGUCCUAUGCUGCUGGAUUCCUGGAAGAAAAAGAUCUAGAUUUACGGGACGCCCGCGAAAUUGACCUCUCGCUUCUCUUCCAGUUCUUAAUUGACAUUCUUCGCCACCCCAGCCUGACAGUCUCGAUACCAGUUCUGCAUUCUUGGUCACGAUUGCUUACAGCCGAGCGGAUUGGAGACAUGGAGAUUGUCACACCUUUGAUCGCACCCCUGCUCGAAAUAUGCACUCAGCGAUUGGUCCGUUGGGAAAACCUUCCAGAGGAUUCAGAAGAUCCCACAAUUCUCUUUUUGAACGAAGACAUUGACACGAUACCCGAACGACAUGCUUUCGUAGGCAACUAUCGCCGCUAUUGCUCCACUGUAAUAGAGGUCAUAGUUCAGAAGCGACCACACGAUGCCAUUCCUCAUAUCCUCACCACUGUAGAUCAAAACCUGAACAGCUUGUACAGCGGGGUUCAGCCAUUUAGCAUUGAGUCGUUCCAGAAGCUGUCGUUUCCCCUAAUGCGCGCCGAUACGCAAUUCUCUGUUGUUGAAGCGUCACUAAAAGGAUAUCAGAAAUGGAUUGCAGCGCAUGGCCGCAGUCCUCAGCAGGAUGAACAUCAGCGAACACAACUCGAGGUUAUGAUUGAAAACUGGGCUAUGACUUUGAUGCAAAAGGAUUUUGAGGAUCCUGUCCUUAAACAAAGAGUCAUUCGACUCAUCGUAGAUAUUUCUGCCAAAGCUCUCGACAAAACUCCAAGCUUUGCUCUCAAAGUCCUUGAGCACAUAUUGAUGACACGCCUUGAGGAUCAUCCCCAGUAUCCGGCUUACUCGGAAGCUGUCAAAGAACUUCACAGCCUAGCUAGUCAUGAAUUGCGAAAGCUUUCGAUGCGCUGUGCUGAUUAUUUUUUUACAUUUUAUGAUGUCCUAGAGCCGAAGAUACGGGAGAUUGCAUCGUCUCAUCGGCUGGAUGAUAAACUCCAGACAGAACUCAAUUCUGUCUUGUUAAUAAUAACACAACGAACGACUAACGUUGAUCCACAUGUCCGCGAGGCGAGGUUAGCCUCUUUCAUCGAGCCAGUUCGACAAGCUUGGCAGAAUGAAGAUUUCAAAAACUUGUCGUCCUCCUUCAACGGUUUUUGCCAAUUGCUAGGUAUUGAAGAAGUCGGACCUUAUAUGCAAACAAGAGAAGCCCAGAAAAUGCCAGAUUGGGGAGUUGUUCCCCUAGAUGAAACUGGGAAAGGGAUUCAAGAGCAAAUGACAAAACGAUUUCAGCAACUACCUUUGCGAGGAACAAAGACGCUGUUUGCUGUGUCAACAGAGAAACUUAAGCGAACAGAUCCAGCAUAUGAAUUGGCGUGUGCUCUUUGGCGCGAUACAAUUCCGAUCGUUCUUCCUACUCUUUUGCAGCUAGUUAGCCACGCCCAUGCCUUUCAUAAUCCGGCAAACUGGGGAAGCUCCCUACCUGAAAUGAGAGAUGUCGUUGGGCGCAUACUCAUGGACAGAUUUUGGCAAGCUGGUAUUUCUUCAGGGAGCAGAGACGAUUUCUAUGCAAAAAUUACAACAUCCAAAGCUACCCUGGAAGGGUUUGCCUCCUCUGUUCGGGGGAAAAUUAGAGCGGUACGAGAGUCAUGCUAUUCAAUGCUCUUCAGCAUGAGCCGGUUACGUCAAUAUUUUUACGGAUUCGAGGAAUUGCCAGGGCCAUUGUCAGAGGCACUCUUCCAAGACUCAACGCAUCUUUCAUCACACCAAUUUUCGAUACUUCUAAAUAUUGCGCGCUGUUUGAUCGAUGACUGUCCAGUUCAAUUUCGCAGUCAUUUCUUACCGCCGAUGAUUAGCAGCUUAUUUAAGCAGAUUGACAAGAAAAUUACAGAAGAGUGGGACAAUAUAGAGCGGCGCAAAGAAGGAUUGGAGAGUGGCGACUUGACCGAAGAGAUGAAAGAUGAGAGUAUACUUCGUCAACUGACUUACUCUGCUGUAGUCAUGGUUGCCAGUCUUCUUGACCCCCAAAGAGGUGACCCAGAUGCAGUGACAAAUGGUGAUCCCAGUGCAUCACAGGCGCCAGUGGCGCAGUCCAAUUCGAUGAGACAUUUUGUACUCUCACAUCCAACAAUUUUGGAGCCCGUGUUCAUGUUCUGCACCCACGCUCUCCGCAUGCGAGAUACAAGGUGUGGCAGCAUAAUCACCAGGGUUAUACGGUCUAUUCUCAACGAGUUUGCACCACCCAUCAACACUUCUACGGCGGUAACAAUCCGGGAGUUUAUCUCAACCGAUGUACUUCGUGCAUGCAUCACGUCUGUCCACGAGCCAUACUUUGUUGACAUGCAGCGAGAUCUUGCAACACUUAUCGCUUCAAUUUGGAUCCUCUACGGUUCCAGCACAUCCACUCCUCACUCCGUGAUGCUUAGUCUGCCAGGAAUGACGGAGGAACGUGUGUCUCAAACGGAAAUGGUGCUCAUGCGGUCAAGUUCUGGUCGCCAACAACGUGCUCUCAUUCUCGAUUUGCUCGAAGGUUUACGCGGUGUCAGCAUCUCCGAACAGGGCAAGAUUCUCGGUACUCACGAAGAGCGUCGAAAAGCACGCAGUGCUAUGCAACAGCGGUACAUGUCAACUGCGCCUGCAGAUAUGGAGGGACAGCAGAAAAACAAGGUAGACAUUGACGAUGGGCCUGAUCUCGGUGGGGUUGCUGAUAUGUUUGGAUGA